UAGCGAUCUAAUAUAUAAAUAUAAAUGUCUCCUAUAAAAAAGGUUAGGAUGGCCGCUUUCAGGCUUCUUUCUGUGGAAACAUUGGUAUAUAAUGGCUGAGGACGGUAAAACGGUGAGAAAAAAUAUUCAUGAUAAUCAGACUGCGGCUCACGUCAGAUCAGAUUGAAUAUUCGUUAAGUCUUGAGAUUUUCGAAAACAAAUAGAAGUUUAGAUAAACGCACGUAUGUCGUGCGUCAUACGGCGCAUGCAUGAUAACUGAUUUGCCGGUUCUCAGAGUCGGAGAUUUUCAAACCUAAGACUCUCGACGAAGAGAAUUGAUACAGGAAAUUUUUUUUCGUAUUAUCUUGAUCAGUCUAACAAUGUUGAAGUAUCAUAAUUUGAGGCCUGCUGGCAUGUCCGAUGACGAAGAGGAUGAUGACGACGAUGUCUUUUUUCCUUUGGAAAAGAAUAUUGAAGAACAUGAUUAUAUCUCAAAAAAGAAUUCGAUGGAAGAAAAGAGAAGAGCAAUUGAUUUCAAUCAGACUAACGAUGAGGCACGUAUUUUUGAAAAUCAUGUCUUAAAAGCAUGUGCUAUGGGAUACUUAGAAGUGAUAGAAGAAUAUCUUGAAAAACAUGAUAUUAACAACUUCCUGCAUACUGGAUGGACUCUAUUAUUAUAUGCUGCUUCAUCAGUAGAAUCUAAAGUAGUAGAAUAUCUUUUGGCACGUGAUGCAAAUCCGAAUAAGCAUAGAGAUGGAUUCACACCUCUCAUGGCACUAUGUAACUCUACAAAAGGAAUACCAAAAAAAUCUCUAAAAUGCCUUGAGCUUUUAAUACAAGCGAAGGCUGAUGCAAACAUUACAAAUAAACGAAGAGAAACGGCUCUAAUGUAUGCCUGUAAAACACAAGAUGCGGAAUUUGUCACUGAGCUUAUAAAAUACGUACAAAACAUCAAUUCCUGUGACAGUGAUGGAAAAACUGCAUUGAUUUAUGCUGUCAUAGCUAAUAAGCCCGAUAUUGUCAGAAUUCUUUUGGAGCAUAAUGUGAAUACUUCAGUGACGGAUGUUAAUAAUUUAUCUGCCAAGGAUAUCGCUAAUACUAAAGGAUUCACAGAAAUAUCUGUUCUAUUGACUAGGACAAAGGACAAAGAAGAAACAAUUGUAAAAAUGUGUGAAAUAUUCCAGAUAACAACUUGGAGAGAUUUAUUUCCAAAUGUUUGUCUCCAAAAAAAAAAAUUUUUAGAUCACGACAUAUUAGUGAUGUUAUUUGGAAUGGGUUUGGAAAAAUAUAAUACUUUAUUUCAAGGAAUGGAUAUUAGAACAUUUUUGCAAUUGACAGAAGAUGAUCUUUGUCACUUAGGAAUCGAUAUUACUGUUCAUAGAGACCAAUUUCUUGAGUGUCUUGAUAAAUUUCACAAUAAAAAGUGGCGUGUAAACAGUUUUGGCAAGAUUAAAAAAUCUUCUUAUACAAUUUAUGACGGUGUAAUAUCAUUGGGAAACGUAACAAGACAGAUUGGAAUAAUAGUUUCCAGUUUUCAGUAUGUCAAAAAUAAUUUGCUAAAAGCUGCAAGCGAAAAUAUCUACUUGUCUCCUACGAUAAGAAUACAGUAUGAAGAAGAAUUGAGAAAAACACAAAAAACUAUGAAACUUCUAAAAAAUGAAAUAAUACAAAUGAAGAAACUGGCCCAAAAGAUCGACAAAAAAAAUAGUAUUGGUAUACCGCCAACUUGGAUUGGGCCGGAGAAAAGUAAAUUUGUUUGGACUACAAUUGGUAUUACAUUAACAAGCGUUACGUUAAUAGUAGGAUUAUAUUUAUGUAAAAGAAUUUAUAUUCAAAAGUUAUGGAGUAUGUAUAAUAUUAAGAUAUAACAUUUCUUAAUAUUUUUUUGAAUUUAAUAUAUUCUUAUAAGUAUUAUAUUAUUAUGUACUAAAUAAGCUUAUGAUAUAUACUAUAACAAAUUACAUACAGAA